CAAUAUAAGGGCUUUUUUUUUCAACAGUUAAGGAAAAACAUUACAAACAUUAGAAACUGUGACAUUGAAGAGCAACAGUUAUUAUUUUUUUCAUCAACAAUUUAAAAAAGACAUGUUUUUUUGUGUCAAAACUACUAAAAUGACAGAUUUCAAAGGUAAGACGUUGAAUUCCAGUGAAUUAAAAUCCAUUCACUUUUGACUUCAUGGUAACAUUUUAUUUUGAAAAGCAGAUUUCGUUUCGCUGCGUUUUCGUGCGUAACUGAACGGUGGAUUUAUGAAAACGAGACAUGUUGAUGGAGCAUGCAGUGAAUGAGUGAGUGAGUGAAUUUGACACAUUCUCUUUGAAGUCCCCGGCGUCCUCUGUCUGCGUGACAAUGUUACACCGCGAUAAACUGUGAUUCAAUCACACUUGAUCCACGAAUUACUUCCCGGAGAACAAACUAUUUUCUUAUCAAACUCACAGAGCAUCCUCCUCUAAUCCCCGACUCUCAUCUGCGCGUUACAUUUACUUAAAUAAACCUUUUUGGUUUUCUUUUUCUACCCCGGACCAUAAAUUGAAGGGAUCAGUGUUACACUUUCCCUACAGGAUUAAACAGAUCUUCCUCUGCGCUUGAAUGGAGGCAGGGAACCCAGCGUUGCCCGGCCCUGAAGGCCCGGGGAGCCCUUUUGAUCACGUCAAUCUCCCCUUGGUGCAAUACUUGUGAUUGGCCAAGAGGCUAAGAAGAGGGAAAAUCUUUAAUUAAGCAGAUAAUCUCUUGUUGGGACGAGAGCGGCUCCAUUUCAGAGCCCCCCUCCUUGAAUGGUGAAGGAAGGAAUCCUGGAGGAAGCUCUUGGUGCAGCUCAGUUCCACUUUUCCUCUCCAUCUUCAUCCAGACUGUCUGCAGGAUCUGGACGGUCUCACUGCAGAGCCACCGUCAGCCACACCUCACCUGUCAGGAUGUUCAUGCAUUUGGAGGUUUUCUAUUACGUGUUCAUUCUUCUGGCGCACAUGAGAUCCUGCUGCUCCUGGUCAGUGAAUAAUUUCCUGAUGACUGGACCCAAGGCGUACCUGAUCUACUCCAGCAGCGUGGCAGCAGGAGCUCAGAGCGGCAUAGAGGAGUGUAAAUACCAGUUUUCAUGGGACCGGUGGAACUGCCCGGAGAGAGCUCUGCAGCUGUCCACGCACAGCAGCCUGCGCAGCGCCAAUCGGGAGACAGCGUUCGUCCACGCCAUCAGCUCGGCUGGGGUCAUGUACACGCUGACCAGGAACUGCAGUCUUGGGGACUUUGACAACUGCGGCUGUGAUGACAGCAGGAACGGACAACGAGGUGGCCACGGUUGGCUGUGGGGCGGCUGCAGUGACAACGUCGGCUUCGGAGAAGCCAUUUCCAAACAGUUUGUGGACGCGCUGGAGACCGGGCAGGAUGCACGCGCUGCCAUGAAUCUCCACAAUAACGAGGCCGGACGCAAGGCUGUGAAGGGAACCAUGCAGAGGACGUGUAAGUGUCACGGUGUGUCAGGAAGCUGCACCACUCAGACCUGCUGGCUGCAGCUGCCAGAGUUCAGGGAGGUGGGGAACUACUUGAAGGAGAAGUACCACAGGGCCCUGAAGGUGGAUCUCCUCCGAGGAGCGGGGAACAGCGCAGCCAGUCGGGGAGCCAUUGCCGAGACAUUCAGCUCCAUCUCUCGCAAGGAGCUGGUCCACCUGGAAGACUCCCCUGACUACUGCCUGGAAAACCGCACUCUGGGCUUCCCGGGCACUGAGGGCCGCGAGUGUGUCAAGAAAGGCAAGAACCUGAGCAAGUGGGAGAAGCGGAGCUGCAAGAGGCUGUGUGGAGAGUGCGGGCUCGCUGUGGAGGAGCGCAAAGCCGAGAUGCUGUCGAGCUGCAACUGUAAAUUCCACUGGUGCUGCGCGGUGAAGUGUGAGCAGUGCAGGAAGACAGUGACCAAGUACUUUUGUGUGAAGAAAGGAGGUAAGAGGGGAAGGAAUGAGAGCGCGGGCAGCCGCCGGAAGAACCUCAGACUGAGGAAGAAGCACUGAGCGUCUUCAUCGCCUCCUCCCUGCUGUGCCACUGCAGCUCCUCACCGCCCAGACUCUGUGCACGACCACAUAGGGUGUUUUAGAAGGAAUGUUAUUUCUGCCGACCACUUUCAUUUGCCAGUUUUUCUUUAAGCAUUUUAACGCACAAAGGGCCACAUAAGGAUCACAUGAGUCUAUUUAAGAUAUAUUUUGUGUACAACAUUUGGUUUUGUCACAUUUGAAAGCAAUUUCUUCUCUAAAAUUCUCCACAAAACAGUUAAUUUAUUUCCAUACAAAAAAAAACAGCUUUUUGAGUGCUUGAUGAUCUGACAUUGGAAGAGUACAAAAAAACAUCCCAGUCACACACUGUCGCUGGCCUCCGCUGCCCCUCUUGAUGUAUUUAAUUGUAUAUAAAAUGAAGCACUUUGUACUGUACAUUGUUAAUUUAUUGCACAGCAUUUCCUAGUGUCGCUUUUACUGCUAGUCGCCUUUGUGGUUCUGUUUUCUAUUAAAAUGUAAUGAAAGAAAAAAAAAUUAAAUCCUCCAAUCUUAUAUAUUCAACUGCCUAAAGAAAGCGCUCAUCCUCCUGUAACACACUCUUUGUGACAGUAAUACCAGACGGUCCGCAGUAAACACAACCUUUCUCUCUGCAUUGUUCAGCCCGUUGAGUUUUGCACACUCUGGGCCAAAGCCACGAGAAAAGAAAACUCUCCUUCCAUCGGGCCUUUCUCAAUUUCGCCUGGACAAAUACCUCCCGUUCUCUCCCUCAUCAUGGUAAUCCUCAAAGAGCCUCAAAACUCCCAAGCGCUUGGAAGUUUCUUUACUGUUUAAUACUAGUUUAAUUAACUUUGUCCAGACAGAGUAGGGCCGCGAGGGUGGAGGGCAUGAGGCAAGUUGCCCUUAAAAAUCAUCCCGUCUCUAAUUUUGUAUGCUAAUCUCCUUUUUCACGCCGCACCUCCUUAGGAGUGGGGAAAAGAAAUGUUGGGAAAACGUUGGGUUGCCUGUGCAGGGGCUUCCUGCGGCUGUUUUAUUUCUGGGCCCACCUAUUUGGAUCCUUUCACUCCUCUAGGGCCUUCCUUUGCUCGAUUUAACAAUGAAUGCCGAGCUAAUCAGCUCUCUCGGAAAUGCACCACUGUUGAGGAAGGUAAUCCCUUCUUCUCUGCUCUCAAUGGGCCGUCGCCUUCUAAAGGACUUUGGGAAAAGGCUUUGCACAGAUUCACACUGUUCGCUCAAAAGAAGUUAGUUCAAGUAUUGUGCCCAAACAAGUGGGUUUUAUAAACACAUGCUUGCCAGGAUACUCACCCCACCUGCGUGUAAGAGGUGCCAGGCCCGGGCAGACAAGCACAUGGCAGCUGAGGCCGAAGCCCUUCAGAGGAGAUGGGACAUGAAAGAGGAGAUUAGAGGUCCCAUUGAGAAGGGGGCGUUCAUUUCUGCACCUUCCUUCUUUACUCAAUAAAAUGUCAAGGAAC